AGAGAAAAACCAAGUUGCUUAAGUGAGCAGUGGUUCAGAAGUGCAUGGGAUGUCACGGACCCGUGCCUCUCUAGGUCUCACCUCUCCUCUCCACCACCAUGAUCAACACCUACCAGACCAGCCAUGCUCCACCGCCGGUGCCUCCGCGCCACAGCAGGUCCCACUCGGUCCUCAUCCCGGCUCCAUCACAGCGAGGCCACAGCAAAUCUCUCAUCCGAUUUUUGGUCGGUGUGGUGUUGCUGCAAUUGUUUCUGUCGGUCGGAGGAUUCAUCUAUCUGUAUCACAAUGACAAAAUGCUUUCAUUUCAGCAUUCAUCAGAUGAAAGAAAAACUGCCUUUCUCUCAUCAGAGAAGCAGGAAACUUCCUACAAAGCCUUGGCACACAUGGUAGUCAUAAAACCAUCAGAUAAAGAAUCUGCAUUGGGUUAUCUCCAGUGGGACAUCCCCCACUCCGUCCGUAGGAGCAUCAACUAUUACCACAAAAGCUGGCUGACCAUCCUGCAGCCUGGCGAGUACUACGUCUAUUCCAGGGUGACCUUCUCCAAGGGCCUCUCUAAGAUCCCGCUGGUCAGCAGGGUGAAGCUGAGGAAGAACGAGAUAGAUCGAGAGGAGAAGAUUGUGAUGCAGGCCUACUGCAACCUGGACAGCGGCAGCGGGUCUGAAUCGAUCCCUCGCCUGUGCACGGCCACACAGGGAGAGGUGAUAACACUGGAGAAGGGAAACCAGCUCAGUGUCUGGGUACCAAACCUGUCACUGGUGAACUACGAGGAAGGAGCCACAACCUUUGGGAUGUACAAACUGUAGGACUCCUGUGUGAGCACAUGCAUGGAGCUAUAAGCUGAACAGUGGGAACUACUUGGAUUUAAAUCUACUGAGAACGCUGUUAAAUAGACUGGAUCAAUAAUCAAACUAAUGGAUCUUUUUUUGUGGAGACAUAGACCACAUUCCUAAAACAUAAUUUAUUAAAUCAGAUAUAACUGUUGUUAUUUUUGUGGCAGUAUUGUGAAUGGUUGUUCUGUAUUUAUUGAUGUAAAUGAGUUUGUAUGGCUGUGAAAUGAAACUUUGAUAUUUAAUCUAAAA